AUGGAGCAGUACGAGGUGAUACAAGAGAUUGGGCGGGGGACAUUCGGCACCGUUACUCUUAUGCCGGCCAAAACUGAAGAUGAAUGGGGUCGUUAUGAGAUGGAGCUGCACUCUAGGAUAGAACAUCCGUUCAUUGUAGAGUACAAAGGUUCAUGGGAGGAAGAGGAUGGCACGGCAUGCCUACUCUUGGAUUAUUGUGAAGGAGGAGACAUGUAUAAGGCUAUAAAGAAGGCUAAUGGUGUGUUUUUCCUGGAAGAGAAGCUAUGCAAGUGGUUUGUUCAGCUUCUCAUGGCUCUUGAUUACCUGCACAGAAACUGCAUUCUUCAUCAGGAUAUCAGUCCUAAAAACUUCUUUCUCACGAAAGAUGACGACAUUCGUCUUGGUGACUUUGGAUUUGCAGAGGAAUUGGAUUCCCCGGACGACCUUUCUGAUAAGGUUUGUGGAUGUGUAGGGUUUAUGUGCCCUGAGAUGGUUUCUUGGGUACCUCACGGUCCAGCAUCAGAUAUUUGGGCUUUAGGUUGCUCUAUGUACCAAAUGGCUUCUUUUGAGACUGCAUUUUCACUCGGAGACCCAUUAUUUGAAAACACAUUAGAAGGUCAGGAAGAGCUGAACAGGAGAAUAAAAGAAGUCCCAGUGUCUCCACUUCCAACCGAAUAUUCCGGUGCCUUUCGAAGUCUCGUCGACAGGAUGUUGGAGAAGGACCCAGCAUUGCGGCCAACGGCAGGGGAGUUGCUGAAGGACCCGCAUCUCGAGCCAUACGUCCUCGAAGUAAAGGCAAAAAUCAAUGGCUUCCUUGGAGAUAAUAAGACACUAGUAGUAGGAAAUGCCACAGCUGGAGAGGAUGAAGAUGGAAGAUUCUGCAGCAACUCUUCCCCGUCACACGAAAAUGCGGCGACGGCUGGAGCCUCGUCUUGCCGGGAGAUUGAGGAUGCCCUGAGGUUGCUGGAGUUGAGCGCCGAGGGUGGUGGAGGACCGGAAGAAUCGAAUGAAGGACAGCAGUGCCGCCGGAAUAAGUGA